CAACUUGGUUACAAACUAUCAGUUCUCUUGGUUUUAACCACGAUAUUCAUGUUAUCGAGCGUUAAAUCUUCCACUCCACGAGCCAGGAGGUCCCUGUCCGGCCCUGCAGCGGUAGGGGCAGUGCAAAUUGGAAUCCCUGCGUCCCAUAAAGUCUUAGACGACUGGUGCACGAACGUCACAAAACACCUCAACACAACUCAGGAAAAGUUUGUACGUUAUGAAGACUGUGUGAGAUUUAAUGCAAAUCUCAAAAAUUUUAUAACAUGCAAUUGUCGCAAUUUGUGGCAGCUUAUCACAAAGGACGUAAAAGUGAUUAACAGCCAAGCAUCAAACUCUGUUUUAAUUUUAAGUAUAUGAUUAAAUCUAUUUUGUUUCGUUUUCAAAUUUUAUUGCAGAGGAAGGAAUAUUUUCUUAUGACUAUUUCUUUUUUUUUUUUUUUGUUUAAACACACAGAUUGACACAAAUUCAUCUUUAAUUCUAGAUGGCCUUUUCUUCGUAAAUUAAUUUCCUUUUUUUCUGUCUCAUUUUCCUCAGGGCAGUAUCAAUUUCAACAGCUCAAUGGCACACUCCAUCAUCUCUUCUAUGGGAGUUACGGUAGUUACAGAAUCAUUUUCCUUGUAUCUCUUCUCUUUCAGGGAAGCUUGAGGGAUUCUCUAUUUAGCUAACAACUGUGCUUCCAAAUUUCCCAAAUAUCCCCUCCAAAUAGUACCUCAGCCCUAUAUUGUGCCUCUCAUAAGAGUCUCGAUCAUCCUAGGGCGCGGCUUUUUACCAUUUCUUGGUGCAGUCAAGUUGGGUGAAAUGCCAAGAUUAAGUAGGUGAAACGCCUCGAAAGAAAAAUCAUAAACGUGUGCUGUUUAUGUAAUGGGAAAGUUGGCUCUCAAAUCUUCUUUUAUUCUCCUUAUUCGCCCAACAGACUAUUAAAAUAGGCAAUGUUUUUUAUCGGUUCCUUACAAUUCCUUCAACAUGAAAAGGGGAAACAGCUUGACUAGUAGUGAUACAGUUCUCCCAAUGAUGUUUUGUCAAUGUCACAAAGUUACUUGGGAAAUGUUUAGGCAAGUUCUAAUCGCUCAUCCACAACAUAAUGUUCUCUUCCUUCUUAACAGGUACUUCAGAGACUUUCAUUCGACUUGGAACACUUAGAAAUAUACUAUCUUCUUUUUGGUCAAAUUCCAAGCUCAAAUUCAGAUCAGAAAUUUAAUUUGUGUGUAAACGACGGUAUCAACCUCAUGGGGGGGCUUGUCAUCAGCAUGCAAUUGACGGUAAGUAGAGCUGUUUUAUUUCGUUUUUUUCAAUUAAUAAUUCCAUCAAAAGAGGAUUCUAAUGUACAAAAUGCAGCUCGUUCCAAAUAUUUCUUCGUAAUUGUCGAAGAUCUUGAACCAAUUAGGAGAGCGCUAGCCCGACACUUUGUCGAUCACCUUUGUUGUGAAUUCUCCAAUUGUCAACCGUUUUAAUACGUGCCGCUUAUAACUGCAGCUAAACGUUGUUUUUCUGUUACUCUGAUAGGAGCUCUACCUCAAUGGUACGUCACCAUUCCCCCCUCAGUUCGUUAGUAAGGGAACGAUUGGUAGCCAGACUCGUUACCAGGACCUCAGUCACGAAAUAGCGCAGCUCAAAAGUUACAUGAGAGGGCUGGCCAUGAUACUGGCAGACAAAGACUUUAUCUCAGCACAAGUUUGA